CGUAUACUGCGAAUAGUCUGCUGUCAACAUAUUGAUCGUAGUGAGGGUUUAUAUACUCGCACACUGCCGAGCAUCAUCUCAAUAUGUUCGGCAAGGCCCAAUUCGGCCUUUUACGGCCAUACACAACCCCCAAUUCCACACCCUUCCACCUCUCACGAUGCUUCUCCACCACUUCACCCGCCAUGGACUGGCUAACCCCUAAAUUCGCUGAAAAAUCCAAGUCGCCCAAGGGCCGACCGAAGAUGCGCACAGGCGGGUCGACUCGGGGGACAACAGUUGAGCAUGGAGACUACGGACUGCGCAUGAAAGACCACGAUCGUCGGCUAUCGGCGGCUUCACUGAAGCUCGGCGAAGAGACGAUUCGGCGACGGUUACGAGGAAUGAAUUAUACAUUAUACAAACGAGUCAGUGCGAAUAUCGGUGUGUAUACGUCUGGAAACGAAAUGCGGAUGGGUAAGGGUAAAGGUAAAUUCGACUAUUGGGCGGCCAGAGUGCCGGUUAGUAGGAUCGUGUUUGAAGUCAAGGGGAAUUUGCAUGAGAAGAUUGCGAGAGAGGCAUUUAGGUUGGCGGCUCAUAAGUUACCGGGACAAUGGGAAUUCGUCAAGAAAGGUGAUCCCCCGAUUGUAGGAAUCACUAAACUCGGCAAUGGUGUCACAUUGGAAAGCCUGAAGCGACCGCGAAGAGCGAUUCCAUUGGGAAUGGAGAAAGAGGCCAAUCCACCAAAGACCACAUCAUCCAGCACUUCUCCAACGCAAUAAACCAUCCAUCAUCAAUAUUCCCGCAACUUCUCCAAAAUUCUCCCAAUAAGUCAACAUCUAAGCUCCAAUCCCAGACUCAGGCCCCAACUUCUGCACCGUUCUCGAUCGGCGCGUUUCCUCCUCACCACCAUUUGCAUCAGGUUUCAAGUCUAAUCGUGUACAAUAUCAACACAUCAGCUUCAGUUCUUUCUCUUCAUCGCCGAUAGGGCAGUAGAAUAACCAACAUUCCCUUUCUCAUCAACAUAACCUAUCCACCUGGGAAUGAAACAGUCUAGAACAUAAAAACCAAUCAUACCUUUAUCAACCUC